GAUUUUCCACUUUCGUUCGUGCUAGAUUUUUUCCGCGACACCGGUGCAGCGCCACCGGCGUAUAACAGUUUGGCAUCGCCGUCAGUGGCACGUCAGUGGGAAGAAGAAGAAGAAACAAAAUUCCUCCUGCGACUCUACAAUUUUCCUCAUUUCUUUCGCAUAAUAUUGUAGAAAUUAGUGUAUUUUGAUGUAGUCAGUUAACUGUGAAUUCUUGUGAGACUGUUUCCUUGUUUAUCGAACAAUUGCACCAGCAACGAACUGGAGAAAGUUUCUCAAUGUGAAAUGUCAACGGGGGGACAUUAAUAACAGCAGGCAGAAGCGGAUGGAGUCGAAGAACCUUGCUCACGAGACCACCAAGUAUCCCGAGGCGGUGACGGUGAAUUUCAACGGAGUCACCACACUCAUGGAGCUGCCUCCGGAUGCGCCCCCGGACAGGCUGCACGGCAGUCCGGCGAGGAAGAAAAUGAAAAAGUCGAAGAAGGUGCUGAAAGAGUCGCCGGACAGAAAGCAGAGGACUGAGGCGGGCAAUAAAAAUUCCAAUUUCCACAUUUUCGACAAACUCAGAGAGCUUUACGUCGAGCUGUCGGCGGAGGACACAGACUUUCAGCACACCAGUCUUGGGCGGAAGACGUCUUUCCUGCUGGACAAACUGGUGGCUAAGGAGAACCUCAAUACGCUGAUAUUGAAUCUCUAUCCGGGCAACAAGGGCUACUCGCUGGCGUUUAAGGGCGACGUGGAGGUGCUGGACGUGGGCAAUCACAUGAUGGACUGCAAUCCGCAGACGCGGCGGGCGCUGGUGGCGCCCAAGGAGAAGAUUCAGGAAACAAUCCGGUGGCCUUACGAGGAGGAGGAUCUCCUCGAGUGUAUCGACAAUGAGACGCUGCCGCUUGUGCUCGUCGACCUCUUCCAAACCAAGUGUCCUAAUCUCUUCUACUCCGGAUGUGUGAUCGUGGAGGUGCGCGACUACCGGCAGUCCUUUCCCGUCUACACGUGUGAUACAUAUCAUGUGCUGCUCAGGCCCACCAACCAGACCAUCCUCGCGGACGUGAACUCGCUGACCAGCCAGGGCCAGUGGACGUAUGAGGAGAAGUUGGCGCUGGAGAGCCAGCUGGUGCUGGCCACGGCGGAGCCGCUGUGUCUAGACCCGAAUCCGGCCAUUGGGAUUCACGUGGUGAACAGUCAGCACCAGCGGCGGAUGUUCAACACGAAGGACAUCCGCAGGAAGACGAAGAAGUUCACGCAAGUCUCCAUCAACAGGAAGCGGAAAACCGACCAGUUCACGCACCAUUACGGCCUGGAUCUCUAUGACUACAUGUCGCGCUUCAGGCAGAAGAUGCGCCAUGCCAAGCCCAACAGCGUUGCCGCCGGCGGCACGCUGAGCUCCAGCUCCUUCACCAACUCCAUGGCAUUCCGGCUGCAGCAGCAGAAGAAGGACGGCGUGGUGCAGCAGCCGCCGGUGCCGUCGCCCUACCUCGGCUUCCCGCCGCUCACGCCGCCCGCCGAGGUGUGCGUGAAGAAGUUCGCGCGCGCGUACGAACGCCCCAAGGAGACCAAGGACUGCAUGCCGCAACUUAUCGAGGAGUACAUCCUGGAGACGGACCACGUGGAGCCGAACCAGCGCGGACGCGUGUACUACAUCAAGCUGUCCAUCUUCCAGCGGCCGGCCAACAAUGAGUACUUGGGUGAGCUGUACGUGGACAAGGACUAUCGCGAGGAUGUGCGCAACGGCGAGGCGUGCCAAUUCACGCUGGGCACGCGCGCCAACGCUAACAAGUACAUACAGCAGUUCACGGAGAUCAUCACGGAAGAGGGACGACUGAGGGUGAAGAUCACCCAUCUGGUGCCCGGCCAGCCGCCGCGCGUCACGUGCACGGCGGGCGUGCAGGAGCCGGUGAAUCAUCGGCAGCAGACAAUCAACCAAUUCCCACCAGCAUCGUUCGCCAGCGAGGCGGAGUCGGCGCCUGUGCAGGCGCCC